GUCUCGAACUCCUGAGCUCAAGUGAUCUGCCUGCCUCGGCCUCUCAAAGUACUGGGAUUACAGGUGUAAGCUACUGCACCUAAACACACUGUUGAGUGAUAAAUAAUUCUGUCUUUGUCAAUCUAUUUCAACAAGGAAGGCCUUUGAGGGGUCUGCUGCUGGACUAAACUCAGCUAGCAAUUGAGGGAUUUCUAUUGAGGAUGCUUAGCCCUACAGCUUCCCUGAUAAGAGAGAGGGAAAGCCAAGUGGUGAGGGGUCCAGGCUCUGGACUCAAACAUCCUCGCUCAGCCGCUUACUAGCUAUGUGUAACCUUUGGUAAGUCAUUUAACCCUUCAUGGCUUUGUUUACCUGUAAAAGGCAGACAGUCCCUAACAGGCUCUUGUGGGUAAUGGGCUUAGCGCUGUGAAACAGCUGCUUUGUGGGGUUCCAGGUUCACACAGGUUUGACAAUUGAAUUAUGAACGAUAAAGGAGAAAGACUUGUCAGCCUCUAUAUGGGGUGGUAUUUCCGCCUGGGGGAGGGGAUGCGGUGGUAGUGCAAAUAUUAGGGUAUUCAUAUAUUUCCUCCCGAGUCAAACGCUGCCAGGCACGUUCCUUUUGCCCCUCCCACCCUUCAUUCUGGAUUAAUUCCAGGUUUAAUUCCAAAUAUUAGAAUGUGGUUGAAAAAAAUCAAAUAGAGCGGCCACAAAUUGGGGAAGCGUCUCUUAGCUUGCGGCGGUGGCUGCAGCGCCCGUAGCUCCCCGCCCCGCCCCGCUGAUUGGCCCGCGCCUCGUGACGUCACACGCGGGUUUUUAAGGCUGAGCCCUAGGCAGGCUCCGCAGAGGCGGCGGUGGAGGCGCGUUGGGUGGCUGCUGGGGUCUUGCGGGGCGGAUGUGGUGUUUGGCCGGGAAAGGCGCGAGGAGAGCGCGGCUCACAAGAGUUUGGGGACACUGUCGACUUCUCACUUCCCGCGGGGAUCUUGCCUGGGGGAUGGCGCCAUAAGCUCUGAGAAGAGGCUCUAGAAGCCCACCGUCCACGGAUCGAGCCCUUACCCCCAGCUUGAGUGGCCCAGGACCUGCAGGUCUCUCUAGGUCCCAUCGCCCCCCUCAUGACCCCCUAGAGAGUGGGGAAGACCCUCUGUUACACUUGCAGCUUAAAAAUAAAAGGCAAGGAAUUUUUAAAAGGCGGCUGAUUUGGGAAGGGAUCAAGAAGUUGCAAAUCUUGUGUGUGUUAUUAAACAUCUCCUUUUUCUCCCAUGACUUUUUCUUGGUUCAGAAAACCCAGGAGUGCUCCCUGGAACCUGCAAUUUCAAGGCCUCCUCCCUGCCUCUACUAGGCGCCUUAGUUCACUAUGGGGAACCACUUGACUGAGAUGGCACCCACCGCCUCCUCCUUCUUGCCCCACUUCCAAGCCCUGCAUGUCGUGGUCAUUGGGCUGGACUCUGCUGGAAAGACCUCCCUCCUUUACCGCCUCAAGUUCAAGGAGUUUGUCCAGAGUGUCCCCACCAAAGGCUUCAACACCGAGAAGAUCCGGGUGCCCCUCGGGGGGUCGCGUGGCAUCACCUUCCAAGUGUGGGACGUCGGGGGGCAGGAGAAGCUGAGGCCGCUCUGGCGCUCCUACACCCGCCGGACAGACGGGCUGGUGUUUGUGGUGGACGCUGCGGAGGCCGAACGGCUGGAGGAGGCCAAGGUGGAGUUGCACCGAAUCAGCCGGGCCUCGGACAACCAGGGUGUGCCGGUGCUGGUGCUGGCCAACAAGCAGGACCAGCCCGGGGCACUGAGCGCUGCCGAGGUGGAGAAGAGGCUGGCAGUCCGAGAGCUAGCAGCCGCCACUCUCACCCAUGUGCAAGGCUGCAGCGCUGUGGACGGUCUGGGCCUGCAGCAGGGCCUGGAGCGCCUCUACGAGAUGAUCCUCAAGAGGAAGAAGGCCGCUCGGGGCAGCAAGAAGAGACGGUGACCCGAGCCCUCUACCUCCCUUGCCCCCCACCUAGUAGGGAUCUGCACACUUGGACAGGGUGUGUGUGGCCAGCCUGUGACCUCUCAGUCAGCCUGGGUGCAGGACCUGUCCACCUCUAUGAAGGAUAGAGGAGCAUGGGGGAGGGGUGUGGGGGUCCUGUUUGGUGCCACAUUGGGGUGGGGAUGGGAGAUGGGAUGGCCUUGCACAUCUCUCCCUCAUCCUCUCUGGAGAAGUGGGGGCUGCAGAAACGGGGAGGUGUAAAUGUAAACUGUGACUCUACCUCGACCCUGUUCCUCGUUUUUCUUCUCUGGCUUUUUAAUUGGAUAUGUUUUUGGGGGGGAUGGAAAGUGGCUUGGAGAAUGUGUUUGGGAUGAAAGAAUGGUCUCCCCAUCCUCUGUCCCCCCAACUGGGGAGUCUCCCCAGGCUGCUUUUCUAGGGAUACCAGUCACAUAGUUUUUAUUUUUGUGUCUGUGAAAGUGCCAAGAACCCCUCCCCAACAUUUGUAGAUCCAUGACCCUUUUUAUAAGCCGCCUGUGUCCUCUGUAUUAACUGUUUUUUAGCACUUGCCUGUAAGUUAUUAAAGACUGCUAACUCUGUAACUCUUA